AUGUCUCAAGGUGAGCUUUCCUUCAUUCUCGUCCCGCGUUCUCUAUCGCCAUCCCCUAUUCCAUCCAAUAUCGACAGGUUAAAUCCCUCUUCCUAUUCUCCAAUGACUUUAUCACAUCCUCCAAACGCAAUCACAGACUAUCCUCCUCCACACCAGCAUCAACGUCAAUUCGUUCCUCCGUUGGUAAGCGAACGCUCAUGGAGCGUUGUCGAGUAUGAAGAUAAUGCCGAUUCAUACUCACGAAGAAACAAUCGGGGUCAUGUUCCCCAACUAAAAGAAGAAAAGAGCUGGAGCAUCCUGGCUACAAACGAAGCCGAAGAAGGACAGAUUAGAGAUUAUGUGAAUGGCAUUGGAAGUCAUAGAUCAAAUCCACCUCCAUAUUCUUAUACGCCGUCAUCCCAACAAUCCCCACCCGCUUAUCUCUCACUACACAACUAUGCUCGCCACAACUCUUCUCUCGCUCCGUCGUCAGAUCAGUCUCCACCUCCGUAUUUCCAGCGCAGCGAUACAGCGUCAACAGCACCAAUGCCCGAGCCUGAUUUCCCGCCUAGUCUAAGUGCCAAAGCAUUCUUUGAAGAGACGUUCAAGUACGAAAGAAGACGGCCCGAGGAUUUUGUUGGCAGACCCGACGAUAGCAUGUGGACGAAUAAGGAGAAGAUCGAGAAUUAUGGAGCGAGCAUGAACGAGGAUGAAAAUUGUACGCCGACGCAGAGUCAAGUAGUUGGAAAGAAGAGCCGUACGUGGAGUAUUGCCGCAGCCAUUGGUAUUCCGAUAUGUGCGGCUAUUCUCGGAUAUCUCUACUUGUAUUCUGAUCCCGCAAAAAUGAGCAAAUUCUAUUAA